CUAGUGCUUUAAAGGAUGAAAACAUGGAGCAUGCAGAACUCCGAGGGAGGGUCAGACUCUACAACCAGCGUGGCAGCGCUGCGGACGUCAUCAUCGGCCCAGGCUCCUGUGGUACAGCCUGUCCCGGCCUCCCAGCAGAGGGUGUUGGUUCAAGCCACAGGCUCAGCUCAGAAGGGAGGACAAGUACAGCAGCUUUCAGUACCCAGGGUCCAACAGGUCCCUCAGCAGGUGCAGCAGGUACAGCAUGUCUACCCGUCCCAGGUCCAGUAUGUAGGAGAAGGUGGAGAGACUGUUUACCCCAAUGGAACCAUCCGAACAGCCUACUCCUACAACCCCGAGGCUCAGUUAUACGGGCAGAGCAGUGGAGGAACUUAUUUUGACUCUCAGGCUGGUGGAGCUCAUGUCACUACGGUAGUUUCCUCUGCCAGUGGCGGUGUGCCCCCUCAUGGCAUGGUUGGCAUCGCCAUGGAUGUGGGCAGCAGUCACAUUAUCUCCAGUGGCAGUACCUAUCUGAUCCACGGCGGAAGUAUGGAGGGAAGCCGCAACCACAUAUCCCACUCCUCACGCUCUUCCUCAGCUAUGCUUGAAAUGGCGAUUGAAAACCUCCAAAAGUCUGAAGGAAUUGCAAGUCACAAAAGCAGCCUGCUCAACAGCCAUCUGCAGUGGCUGUUGGACAACUAUGAGACAGCAGAAGGAGUGAGCCUGCCCCGAUGUUCCUUGUAUAACCAUUACUUACGGCACUGUCAGGAACAGAAACUGGAUCCGGUCAACGCAGCGUCCUUUGGCAAGCUCAUCCGCUCGGUCUUCAUGGGCCUGAGGACUCGCCGACUGGGCACCAGAGGCAACUCUAAGUAUCAUUACUAUGGCAUCCGGGUGAAGCCAGACUCGCCACUCAACCGGCUGCAGGAGGACACCCAGUACAUGGCCAUGAGACAGCAGCCUGUCCACCAGAAACAGAGGUUCAAGCCUCUGCAGAAGGUGGAUAGCAUGUCUGACAACCUGUGUGGAAGCUCUCAGCACUGUAACAGCACUCCAGAGCAGUCUGUGGCUGCUCAAAGUCAACACCACCAGCAGUACAUAGAUACGGCUCACACUUUGCCUCCAUUUCCUACCCCUGACUUGGGCACCCAGCCUCUGCCUGAGCGCAUCAACUUGAAUGAUAUCAAGAAGUUGCAGACACUCUAUAGAGACCACUGUGAGGCAACUCUGGAUGUGGUGAUGAACCUCCAGUUCCACUAUAUUGAGAAACUCUGGCAGACGUUUUGGUAUUCAACACCGCCAUCUAGUGAUGGAAAUACAACCAUCUCCAACAGGUCAGACCACACAGACAAGAGGAGUGAUGAUGAUCUGGAAGGUUUGAUUCCCAGAGAGAAGCUGCUGGCUCUCUGUAAAUAUGAACCCAUCAGACUAUGGAUGAGGAGCUGUGACCACAUCCUGUACCAGGCCCUGGUGGAGAUCCUCAUUCCUGAUGUGCUGCGUCCUGUUCCCAGCACACUCACUCAGGCCAUCCGUAACUUCGCCAAGAGUCUGGAGGGCUGGCUGACAAAUGCCAUGACCAACUUUCCUCAAGAGAUUGUCCGCACAAAGGUGGCGGUGGUCAGUGCAUUUGCACAGACUUUGCGACGUUACACCAGUCUGAACCACCUGGCCCAGGCAGCACGCGCCGUCCUCCAGAACACCUCACAGAUCAACCAGAUGCUCUCCGACCUCAACAGGGUGGACUUUGCCAAUGUCCAGGAGCAGGCUUCCUGGGUGUGUCAGUGCGAUGAGAGCGUGGUUCAGCGUCUGGAGCAGGACUUUAAGGUCACUCUGCAGCAGCAGAGCUCUUUGGACCAGUGGGCCACCUGGCUGGAUAAUGUGGUCUCUCAGGUGCUAAAGCCUCACCAGGGUAGCCCCAGCUUCCCUAAAGCUGCACGCCAGUUCCUGCUAAAAUGGUCCUUCUACAGUUCAAUGGUGAUCAGAGAUCUGACCCUGCGCAGCGCUGCCAGUUUUGGCUCCUUCCACCUGAUUCGCCUUCUUUAUGAUGAGUACAUGUUCUACCUGGUGGAACACCGUGUGGCGCAGGCCACUGGGGAGACUCCUAUUGCGGUCAUGGGAGAGUUUAGUGACCUGAGUUCAAUGAUGCCGUCACUUAUGGAAAAAGAUGCCUCUUUCUCUGAUGAGAUGAGUGACCUGGGCAGCGACGGCGACACAUCCAGAGGACCGACUGAACCUGCUGUAAAGAGAGAGAGGAUUGAAAUGAGCCACCCUCUGCAGUAGAUAAUUGAACCAUGUCCAGCGUGAUCAGAGACAGAUCUAUGAUUGGUCCCUCGGUGGCACAUUUCAUGUAAGGAAGGUAAAGAGAGCACACUUUGCACCUGUAAACCAAAACCCUGCUACAAAAAAAGGAUUUUGUUGAUAACUGAGGUGGCACACGCUUCUGGACUUAACCGGUUACAAAAUAAAAUAUAUUACUUGAAAUAUACUGCAAGAUAUACAUAUGAUUGCCACUUUCAAAAUAUUGGGAAAUAUUAUUAUUAAACCUCAUGGGAAUGUAUUGCAGGAUAUUUUCCAAUGAACUGCAAUGUUUUGUUUUGUAGGGGAAGGUAGUUUGAUAUCACCCUGUUAGUUAAGUCUUAACUUCUGUUUGAUGGAAGAAUACCGUGCAUUAAUUGAGGACUUUACCUAUAAUAAAUUAUAUCUAUGAUAUCUUUAAUGUUAAAAGUGCGUACUCUGUGGCCUUUGGCUUUCUCCUAAUCUGUUUCUCUCCUCUUACGCUGUGUUGGGUUGGUCACAUUGUAUCACAGGGAUAUUCUUUGAUGUGUAAUCGAUUAGACUGGUGUGUGUGAUAAAUUUGUUUCCGAUCUCAGUUGUUCAGUGUUUCAAAUUCAGUUAUUACUGUGGUGCUCAUGCUCCUCAGUAAGCUAUUGAACUGUCAAAAGUACACUUUCUAUUUAUGAGAACUAAUAUGAUUUGAUGGACUUGAGCUUUGUGUUGAAAUCAGUGCGGGGUUGGGUUUUUUUUCCCCCUAUCCCUCCUCCUCUUUCCCCUCUUUGGAUGAUUUUGUUGUAGCGAUGAGAAUUGUCAGAGUUAUUUAAGGCUUUUUGUAACUUGUGCCUGUCACAGUAAUUUGCCUUAAAGUGCUUUGGGGAAGAAUAAUUUUUAUGUGUACUUUGUAAUGUUUUGUAAGGUUGUUUUAGAUUUUUUGGCGGAGGAUUAUUUUUUAUCGAACUCUGUUCUUCUUACAAGUAUACUGAACCCUUAUUUUUGUGUAUUUUUAAAUCUGUUCUCGACUACAAUUUAACUAGCUCAAGGACAGAUGAUGGUCUGUAAUAAACAACAUAGUUCAGCUGUAUUUUGUAUUCGGUCACAUGUGUAAUAAAUCGGUGUAAA